CUGACACACAACAUAAGCUGAUUGCUUCUUUCGGUUGACAACAACCUGACACAAUGCUAUCAUCCACCUAAAAUCUUACCAAUCAUCCUCUAUCAGCUAAACCAUUCUUUUUUUUUUGAUGCCACACAAAUAUCUCCCUGCUUUUUUCCUCCACUCUGAUUCUGCACGAAACUUCUUUUUUCUCUUCUACUAGACUACAACUUAAUCUAGACGAGUUUCUAUCUGGGUUUUCUUUUCAUUGCUAACAAAGCAUGCUGUUUUAAUUGAUGUGCGCUUGCUUGUGAAUUCUGAUGCUUAGCUGUAAAUAGCUUCUGUUAAGAGCAAGCAAAGCGAUGAAAGAAAACAUGGAUGAUGGGGAGAUAGAGCUUUCUGACCAUGUUCUAUUAUCAAACUCUGAUUCAUCUAUCAAUUUUCUGGAUUCAACAUCAGUCGAUUUAAUACUUGAUGAAUUCUUAAAAAAUACCAGAACAUGUACCCAUACUCACACUUGCAAUCCACCUGGCCCUGAUGCGGCACAUUCCCAUACAUGCUACCAUACACAUACCCUAGUUCUUACAUCUGAAGAGGAUGACCACCAGAUUAAUAAAGAGAGCUCUAGUUUGAAACCAAGAAGGCCUUUGGGGAAUAGAGAAGCAGUUCGGAAAUAUAGAGAGAAAAAGAAGGCACAUACUGCUGAUUUGGAAGAGGAAGUAAAGAAACUGCGCCUACUGAACCAGCAACUUGACAGAAAAUUACAAGGACAGACAAUACUGGAAGCAGAGGUUUUGAGGCUGAGAAGCCUUUUAGUAGACCUUAGAGCAAAGAUUGAUGGUGAAUUGGGUGUUUUUCCCUUCCAAAAGCAGUGUAACAAUGCCACUAUUAUGAAGGAAGGCGAUUGUGGGGUGCAGUCCACUGGUGAGGCAAUCGGUCUACAAUGUCAGACGGAUUUGCCAUGCUUCCAUUCACAUGCUGCUUCAUCAUCACAGGCUAGCGUUGAUGGAAGUGAGAAAAUGAACAUAUCCUCGGAAGCAAACUGCCAGCCUGCCAUUGUAAAUUGCCAAGCUAACAUAAAUCAGAUGGCAAGUGUUGAAGGACACCAAGUGAACACAGUUGAAACCUUGGUGUCUUGUGCAUCUCAAGAUGGUGAUUAACUGCAAGGAAAGAACUUAUUUGUUAAGUCGCCCAAUAUUUGAUCUUUUGUCGAUUAAAAAAGUCUAUCCGAGUCUAUGUCAGUAUGCUUGAUAUGCAAACAUAAAAUUAUAUGCUCUGGUAUAUAUAGAAUAAUGAUGAUGCGAAGAGUGUUUAUUAGGUUUUGUUGGCCACUGUAAAUGCAUAUGUAUGUCAUCUACCUGAAUACAAACUAUAGUCUGAAAGAACCAAGUAGUCAAGAACAUAUAUAACAUCUUGUUUUCGUCUAACUGCUUAUAUAGUACGCUAGUACCAGCAUGUAUGUAAAUAGAAUCUCCCAUUUGCAUCUUUACUGCUAUUUUAUUUGUGUUAAUACUCAAGAUGGUUCAAGUGCUGCUGCUUUGAAAUCAAAUGGAAUAGCAUGAUACAGUUAAAUAU